AUGGUUCAUACGAUCGAAGACCCAGUCUACGAGAGGAGCAAACCACGCCCGACUAUAAAGAUGCUAUACAGCUACCGUCUUCGCAAUGUCUCAGGCUUCUCCGUCAUCGGUUUAAGCGUCGCCUUCCCCCCAGGUGGUGCAUCCCCUCCGCACCGGCAUGGGGGAGCAUCCGUUGCAGGCGUCGUGAUUUCGGGGACCGCGUACAACAAGAUGAACGACGACCCAACCCUUGUGUUGACAAAAGGAGAGACGUGGUAUGAGGCGCCCGGAUGUCAUCAUAAGAUCAGUGCGAACGCGAGCGACACCGAGGAUCUGCUACUUCUGGCAACGUUUGUGGUCGAGACGAAGGUCGUGGAGGAUGGGGGCUUCGGGGCCUUGGUGCAGGUUGAUGAGCAAUAUAGGGACCUUGAGUUCCCAACAGAGUGA